AUGACUGAGCCAGCCGACGACGUUCUUGAUCUAUUUCGUGCCUUGCAUGGGCUGCAUACAGCUUAUUACUACAGCUCUCACGAGCCAGUCGCGAAUCGCGCCGUUGUGCGCCUAAGACAAGCCCUGGAGCAGGUUGUUGGGCUUGCAAUUGUCCAUGUUUUAGAUGAGAUGCAAAGUGGCCUUGCGGACCCACAAGUGCAACAGGUUGGCGUGAGCUUCCUGAAAGCAGUUGUAGCAGAUUCCAAAGGAACCACCAAGAACAUCAUCCAACGAGCUGGCGUCGAGCAAGUGUUGGUUCGGAGCAUGACUUCACAUCCUUGCACAGAGAACCUGCUAACAGAGGCAUUGGCGGUACUGGAUGAGCUUCAUGGAAUGGCAGCGCUGCUCCAAGCCCUGGAGCACCUGAGACCCAGUGCACCAGGCACGAGAGCGGCUCUGCAAACUCUACGGAUCACGGCAAGCAAACGUUGGCAAGAGGUGGAGCAAUGCCCACCGGUACCCCUCACCCGUGUAAUCAUCGAUGCACUCCGGGCACAUCCCACCGAAACUGACCUGCUGAUUCUGGGCAUGCAACUGCUUGGAGACCUAGCUGCCCUUCCAGAGCUGCGUGUGGCUUUCUUCCAGCUUAACGGCUGGGACUGGCUCUUGCAAGUCCUCGAGUCGCAACCUUCCAAAGAUAGUUGGGAAGGCUUACAGCUGCAGCAAGAGGGGGUUCGUUUGAUUGCUCAGCUCUGCAGGGGAGGCGCUUCCGGGGAAAUCCACAGCCGUCGGGUUGAGGCCAUCUUGGAGCAAGUGUUGCAAAGGUCCCAGAAUGAUGGGCGUGUCCUGUACUGGGGCCUUUGGGCUGUACAGCAGCUCCAUGGCUUCGGAUCCUUACUCGGAACACUCCGAGCCCACUCCAACCCCGACGUGGUGAAGCAGACUCUGAGGUCUUUGAGUGAUUUGGCUUGGGGCCAGGGGGAGGAGGCGGAGUCUGCGGAGGCACAGCAUGCCAUGCAGGUCCUUCAGAACGUCAUCGAGGCCAUGCGAAGCUUCGCUGGUGACACGGAGGUUCUUCGAGAGGCUGCCUUCGUGCUUGCCCGCACAGCUGCCUUUGCCACUCAGCACGAGGGUAUCGCACCUCUGCGCGAGGCUGCCCUUGUUGCUGCAUCCGCUCUCAUCGAGCUGCUCCAAGCCAAGGAUCUGCGAGGGCCUUUCUGCAGCAAGCGGUUCCGGCGCUGGAACAAGUUUGUUGUCAAAGGCUCGGUUAGUGCCGAGCACGAGUCCAACGCCCGUUUACAGGCGCAUUGCAUGAGCAGAUACGCACAUUUAGAAAGGCUGUGUCGCUUGAAUAGCCACUUCCCAGCUGGAGGAUUGAAUAAGGAACGCCGCGAACCCCAACCAUUCGAGUACCACUGUAGGUCGGAAGUUCAGGAACAUCUUCUUGUGGAUGCAAGUCAAUUUGGCUGUACUGCCAAAAGACCUGCCUUUCUUGCAUAG